AUGGUCAACUCCUGUUGUGGUUCUGUCUGCUCUGAGCAGGGCUGUGACCAAAGUCCCUGCCAGGAGAGCUGCUGCCAGCCCAGCUGCUGCCAGCCCACCUGUUGCCAGACCACCUGCUGUCGCCCAGUCUGCUGCCAGACCACCUGCCGUCCCAGCUGUGGAGUAUCCAGCUGUUGCCGCCCAGUGUGCUGUCAGACCACCUGCCGUCCCAGCUGUGGAGUGUCCAGCUGUAGCCGCCCUAUCUGCUGCCAGACCACCUGCCGUCCCAGCUGUGGAGUGUCCAGCUGUAGCCGCCCUAUCUGCUGCCAGACCACUUGCCGUCCCAGCUGUGGAGUGUCCAGCUGCAGCCGCCCAGUCUGCUGCCAGACCACCUGCCGUCCCAGCUGUGGAGUGUCCAGCUGCAGCCGCCCUAUCUGCUGCCAGACCACCUGCCGUCCCAGCUGUGGAGUGUCCAGCUGCAGCCGCCCAGUCUGCUGCCAGACCACCUGUCGCCCCAGCUGUGGAGUGUCCAGCUGCAGCCGCCCAGUCUGCUGCCAGACCACCUGUCGCCCCAGCUGUGGAGUGUCCAGCUGCAGCCGCCCAGUCUGCUGCCAGACCACCUGCUGUAGUACAACUUGCUGUCGCCCCUCUUGUUGA